AGCUGUUUGAAAAAAAUUAUCUAAAUGCCUUGUAGCAAAAUUUCAAUAUCAAUGAAUAAUCAUUACGAAGCUUUUGGCUGGUCCUGAUUGUCGUGUGUUUAUGUUCCGCUUACAGAGUAUUUUACGUGUUCAGAUGUUCUAACUCUCGCAACCCAAUCAAAAUGCAGCCACUGUUCAUACUCCUACCACUACUCGCCUCUUCCACCCCAGUAUUAAGCCGUCGAACUUGCGUCUGUCACAAAGAGGAAUCCGUCUACUGCAAAACCAUCAUCGAUACCGAAGUACAAGAAUUCAAACCACUUAUCAGAUACGGAAACAUGUUCUUCGACAAAACACUCCUAAUCCGCGAAAUCCUGCAAAGUCCUCUCAAACUAAUCCAGAUCAACUGCCCGCCCAAAUUUGGCCGCAGUAUUAACCUCGACAUGUUCAAAACAUUCGUCUCGAUCACAGUGAACUCGACUACAGGCGAAGCCAUACCCAGAGAGCAAACACCCAACUAUUUACUCUUCGUACGUCACCGCUUGACAGCCGAGUACGAUUCUGAUAAAUUGAUCAAACCUCUGAUGAUCUACAAACACAGCCCUGAGCUGAUCAUCGAGCAUCAAGGCAAGUAUCCAGUCGUAUACAUCGAUUUUGGCGACAUUAACCCCAACAACGAUGCUGAUAUGGUGGACCAGUUUGGAAUAGCCAUCUCUCGAACUUUCAAUUAUCACAAGUACAUGUUACGAGUACUCAAGACGUACGUCGAGGGCACCAACGAAACCAAAGAGAAAAAACUCAAGGCUAGAUCGCUUUUCAAAGAGUUCCGCGAUAUUAUCACAGAACAGGUGACCGAUCGAAGCGUCAUAAUAAAAAGUAUGCCUUUGCUAUUAAAACUACUCUACAGACAUUUCCAGAAAAAAGUCUACGUUUUGAUCGAUAACUUCGACGAACCUCUGAAAAAGAUCAUCCAAACUUACAUGUUUCCCAAAGCUGACGUUAAAUACUUAUUUAAAUUUUACGAAAAAUUCAUGUCGUUCGUUCACAAAGGCGAUAAAUACAUUGAAAAAGUUAUACUGACCGGAUCGAUGAACAUAUCCGAUAUAUUGGGCCCGAUAUCGGACAACUUGACCAUUUACAACACUUUGAACAGUCCCUGGACCGAUUUCUACGGCGUUACUGAGAAAGAUCUCGAAGACAUUUUCAAGUAUAACCGAGUGACUGGAGAACUAAGCUCUAAAGCGAUGCUAUGGUUUGGCGGAUACAGAUACGGGGCCAAGUACAAACAAUGGAUACACAAUGCAGGAUCCGUGGCUCAAUUUUUAAAACGGAACGAAACCCUGCCUUAUUUCGUCAACAACACGGAUACUCUCUUCCUAGAAAGCGUUCUAUCCGUCAAACCUAUACGAGAACUUAUGGAAUCUUUCAUCAAUGGCAAAAAGGCCAUAGUCCCUUUCAAUAACUUGAUCUUCACCAAAGAUGACUUCGUGCACUUGAAAAACGUCGUAACCGAUGGACCAGAUUUCCAGACACAAAACGACACCGUCUCUCUAGUAUUGAGCUACUUUUACAUUAACGGUUUCUGCGACUUGAAACUUUUGCCGAAUACCACGAACUACGUCGAAUUCAAACUCAACAACAAAGAACUCCAGAUAGGCAUAUCUAGAAAACUACUCUCGCAUUACUACAUCAGAUUCGGAUUAUCGCACACGCUCAUCGACAGGGUGGCUGGAAAUUUAGCCAUGUUCUGCAUGACCCCCGAAAUAGAACCCUCUAAACGCAUAUUUAGAGUUAUCCAAAACACCAUGAACAAACUGCCUCAAAUGCCUUGGAUGACUCCUGAGCUGAUGACAACGCAAAACGAUGACUUGGUGUACGCGACGUUGAAUUUCAUCUCGAUUAAGUUACGUCUUAUUUAUAAAUUCGAUACGGAGGUGACCAAAGAAGGACGUAUUUCGUAUCUGUUGACUUGGAAGAAAGGAUUUGGAGGAUGCGUAGCGAUGAAAUACAAUACGAAAAAUAUUACAGAAUUGCUGCAUCUCUCCACACUGAAGCGAGACAGGUUGACUGAGAUAGGAGUGCAAAAAUUGUACAAGUUUAUGGCUAUAGAUUUAUCACCUAAUAGAACGAUAACCAUAACAACUGAGUGCAAUACGUGAAUGGAAUGGAUUCUUAUAAUUUGAGAAACCUUUUCGCAAAAAUGCGAUACUUUAUGAACAUGAGGUAGUGACUGCAGAUCCACGAGCACAGGUUCUACCAAAAUUGUCUGCAAAUUUGUUCGAUGUGGGAAGGUUUCCGAAAUUUCACACAGUAUUAUUGAUACAAGAUCUCUUGAUAGGGCGAUAGAUUAACUGAAAGAAUUGAAGUCGUUGAGAAGCUGGUCUAUGAGUAUGCAAAGAUGCUUUCAAGAGUCGAGAUUUUGAUUCAGAAAUGUACCAUAAAUAAUUAUUAUUUAGAUGAUGAUGUAAAUACUUGCUUGUUGACUUUGGCCCAAUACUUUGGGAUGUACAUACGGAUUAUAAUAAUUGUAUGAUAGGUACCUACUUAAUUGUUUAAAAAGAUGUGAUAAUAAAUUUAAGAUAGAAAUCAGCAAUGCAAGAAAAUAUAAUUUUUUCGUUGAGACACCA